UUUGUCUGCGUUGUUUGCUGUUAAUAUGCUUAAGUUCGCGACUUAUUUUUCCUUCGCAUUCCUUUCAUUGGGUCUGUAUGGAUCCGUGGCAGAAGGUCAGGGUGAAGGCCGAUCUGUAUGCCUACUUCACGACCCGCCAAAUCAGUGUGGAGAAUUCUGCCUGGAGGCCCUGAAACCAAUGCUCGAUCACAUAGCUUUCCACCAGAAGGAGUGGAUCGCCUGCGGAACCCAGAAUGAGACCCAGACAAAGUUGGAUAAAAUCGAGGACUACCUACUCAAACUUCAGGAAUCUCUGGAGAAAAAGGAGGCUACCUGGAAAAAUAUAAUUGAUCGACUUGAGAAGCAAUUGACAGACCUGCAGGAACCACAAUCAAAAGCGAAGAAUUCUGUGUUAUCUUUCCUGUUCCAACGGAUUGGGGGACGAUUAUUUUACAUUGAAAAUGCAAUUCGUCGGACCUGGAAUGAAUCUGAAGAAUCCUGCCGGACGAUGGGCGGUCACCUUGCGACUAUCCAAAAUAAUGUAGAACUAACUGCCAUUGUCGAAAAGCUGGAGAGGAGUACUAGCUACUGGCUGGGCGUCACCGACGUCGUCAAGGAGGGGGAGUUUGUCUCGGUCGCCUCUGGGAAACCCACAUCCUUUUUCAAGUGGAGGAGCGGUCAACCCAACAACUUACAUGGCAAUGAUCACUGUGUGGAUAUCUAUAAUGGCGAUAUGUAUGACAGCGAAUGUAAAGAGCCCGAAUUUUAUAUUUGCGAGGCGUUGGGAUAAGUAAAAUUAUAAUACUUUUUAAUGCACUAAUUAAAAUAAUGAUCCAUCUGUUAAAGAAUGGCAAUGUGGAAAUUAAUAAAACAACGUAACAUAAACUAUAUAAGCGAAAUUAUUGCUGUUUUAAUAAGUAUUUCAAGAAUUUGUCGUAUCUUUUGCAACUAAAGCAAGCCCGAAAAAAAACACAACACAUAUUAAAGUGAACACCUUUCAGUAUAAAA